CAAUAACCCAAAAAACCAAGAAACAAGAAAGAAACACAUAAAAACACAGAAGAAAUUACAGUGCACCUCGAUUUGAUCAUUCUAAAAAUAAAAAUUAAAUUAACUUUGUAUCUCUCUCACUAGGAGUGGAGUGGAGUGGAGGGAUAUUGGCAGAUAAUGACAGUGUUUCAGUGGCAGUGAAGAAAAAAGGGGUAUGAGUUUUCAUUGGGAAGGUAAAAAUUUUGCACCCAAAUACAAGCUAACCCUUUAACAUCUUCAUGUUUUUCAUAGGAACUCUCUUCUUUGCUUCUUGCUAGACUAGAGAGAGAAAAAAAAAAGGAACACUACACUGUUUCUUAAUUAUAUUUUACUUAGAAAAGAGGGGAAAAGAAAAAAGAAAAAAGGAAUAUUGGGUGUUUGCUUUUUUCUGACUAGUAGUAUUGCUAACUAUGUAUUCCAUUAAGGAUUUGCUGUGAAAAAGCCUGAUAUCAGUAAGCAUAAAACUCGGGAGAUCACUUACACACACACCCUCCCCAAAAAGAGAGAGAGAUUUACUAUUAAACAGAGUUUUUUUUUCUUUCUUUUUUAUUGUGUGUGUGUGUGAGAGAGAGAGAUGGUUUUCAUAGGCAAAAACAAAUAGAAAGGAACAAAAUUUAGACUCAAGAAGAAAGUGUGUGUGUGUGUGAGAGAGAGAGAGGAAGAAUAAUGGAAGGUGGUUCUAGUGGAAAUACUAAUACAUCUUGUUUAAUGAUGAUGGGCUAUGGAGAUCAUGAAAACAACAACAAUGGGAAUGGAAAUGCAACACUUUGUGCUCCUCAAAUGAUGAUGAUGAUGCCUCCUCCUCCUCCUUCUUUAACUAACAAUAACAAUGCAGAAACCUGCAACAACAACAACAAUAUCCUUUUUCUUCCUUUCAUGGACACCAACAACAAUAAUCCUCAAGAAGACAACAACUCUUCUUCAAUCAAGUCAAAGAUUAUGGCUCAUCCUCACUACCCUCGUCUCUUGUCUGCUUAUCUCAGUUGUCAAAAGAUAGGAGCUCCGCCGGAAGUGGUGGCAAGGCUAGAGGAAAUAUGUGCCACGUCAGCAACAAUGGGCCGUAACAGUAGUAGUGGUGGAAUCAUUGGAGAAGAUCCUGCACUAGAUCAGUUCAUGGAGGCUUAUUGUGAGAUGCUGACAAAAUAUGAACAAGAACUCUCUAAACCCUUUAAGGAAGCCAUGGUUUUUCUCUCAAGAAUUGAGUGUCAGUUCAAAGCUUUAACACUUGCACCUAAUUCUUCUCAUGAAUCUGUUGUAGCUCUGGGCGAGGCAAUGGAUAGAAAUGGAUCAUCUGAUGAAGAGGUUGACGUGAAUAACAGUUUCAUCGACCCUCAGGCUGAGGAUAGAGAGCUCAAAGGUCAAUUAUUGCGCAAGUACAGUGGGUACUUGGGAAGCCUUAAGCAGGAGUUCAUGAAGAAGAGGAAGAAAGGCAAGCUGCCUAAGGAAGCAAGGCAACAAUUGGUGGACUGGUGGCUUAGACAUAUUAAAUGGCCAUAUCCAUCGGAAUCCCAGAAGCUUGCACUAGCUGAAUCAACGGGAUUGGACCAGAAGCAAAUAAACAACUGGUUUAUCAACCAAAGAAAGAGGCAUUGGAAACCAUCAGAAGAUAUGCAAUUUGUUGUGAUGGAUGCUGCUCAUCCACAUUACUAUAUGGAUAAUGUUCUUGCUAACCAUUUCCCAAUGGAUAUGACACCGUCUUUACUCUGAAUUUAUAUUCUGGAGUUAUCCCAAUUCCAACUUUUCAAAGUGAAUUUUUAAGAUUGUGUAAUAUUAUUACUUAUCAAGGAUGUUUAAUUUUCAUAUUACUUUGUAUGCAUGUAGUAGUAGUAGAAGUUAUUGUGACAUAAUCAACUUUUUAUUAGACCAUAAGUGCUUGUAAUAGCUAGAGGUGUUUCUAUUAUCAUGGUUAUUUCUUAUGAAAUUAAUUAGUUUGUACGUAA